AUGUCGACAAGCAUUAACUUGGGUUUAACUAGGAUUUAUUCUCUUCUUGAUUUGCUUGAUAAACCUUAUCAAAGACUUUCAGUAGUUCAUAUAGCUGGUACGAAUGGUAAAGGAUCUAUUUCAGCAUAUAUAGACCAAAUAAUUAUGAAAUCAGGUUUCAAAACUGCGAGAUUUAAUUCUCCUCAUCUAAUUGAACCUUAUGAUUCUAUAAGGAUAAAUGGACAACCGAUUCAAAAAGAUGAUUAUGAUAAAACUUAUAAUCUUAUUAAUGCCGUUAACUCCAAUAACAAUAUCGGUGCAAGCCUUUUUGAAUUAUUAACUGCUACGGCAAUUUGGUGGUUUGAUUUUCAAAAAGUUGAUUUGGCUAUCAUUGAAGUUGGACUGGGUGGUAGAUUAGAUGCUACAAACGUUUUUGAAUCGCCUAAUCUUACAAUAUCAAAGGAAAAAGCUGGUAUUAUGAAAACUGAUUGCAAAGUUGUGAUCGCACCUCAAAUUGAACAAGUGGCAGAGAAUACAUUAAAGAAAUAUUCUGAAGAUAUUGGAUGCUCGCAUGUAGUUUUUGUUAAACCUGCAACAUGGAAAUCGGAAAUA